AUGAGAAAGAGCUCUUCCUCUCGCUGGCACGCCGCCACCGCCACCAGCGCCACCGCCGCCGCCAGGGACGCGGGGGCGGAGAAGAUCCUGCGGCCGCUCCUCUUCGAGCCCUGCUGCGACUCGCCGUCCUCCGGGAAGCUCGCCGCUUCUCCACGGCUUGCUUCAGCGGCGCCGCUCUCCCCGCUCCGUAGCUACCUCGUGAUCCCCUUCUCCUGGGAGGAGCAACCGGGGGUUCCCAGGCACGGCCAACUCCACCCGAAGGAGCACCACCACUACCACCAGCGGCGGCUGCCGCCGCCGCCGCCGCUCAGAUCUCCCUCCGGCGACCCCCCAGAGGCGCUGCGCCGGAAGAGGACCGGCAGGUGGCCGGCGUCCGUUGACCCGUUUGAGGUGGCGCUGGUGGAGUGCUCCAAGGACGAGCGCUGCCACCACCCACCGGAGAAGGCGGCGGAGCACCGGAGUUCAUACUGGAAUCCCGCCGCCGCCGCUGUGUCGAAGGUCGCCGGCUGGCGACAGAGGACGGCGGCGGACCGGUUUGGCUUCCUGGGUCUGUACGCCUCCUGCAAGACGUCCUGCUCGGUGGCGGAUUCAACGGUCUACGUGCCCCACUCCGGCCGGGGGGCGGCGGCUUACGCCCUCCUCAGUCGCCGGCGAGCCCGCUGA